AACCAACGCUUGGAAGACAAUGGUGAUAUUGGAGCAUGUGAUAGAAGAGUAGAAGAGGAAAAAAUGUAUUCCUGUCAGACGGGGGCGGAGUUCCCCGCCACCAACCAACCUAGGGUACCCUGCCCAUCCUUAGACGGGGUAUCCUGCCACACCCCCAGCCACUACCCUGGCUGGAAGGCGGGCAAACCAAAACAAAUGCAUGAUCCCUGUCAUAUUGUGCAGGGGCAUACAACCCCUCAUCCUAGUGCAGCCAAUAGUCAUAUUACGGCGAGCAUUGAAGAGUCAGCGAGAACCGUCGCCACGGCGGGGGUUCCCGCCUCCCUAACCCAGAAAUCUGUGAUAGUCAGCUGUGUUGCCUGCCCGACCCUUCCGUCCCCACCUCGGCUCGCUGCUGCCCCCGAGCUUCUUGCUGCUUCUGCAGUAAAUGCUGCAGCUCCUGACGGAGAAACUCCCUCUGCUGAUGCCGACGCUUCUCUUGGAGAUAUGGGCCAACACAAAAAUGCAAUCUCUGAUGUAUGUUCUUCCAAUGAUCUGGAAAGGGUGGAAGGUUCCUGCAGCUUGUCAGAUGGUGCUCCUCACACUGCUGAGGGUACGCCCCCUUCCAGCCACGCCCUAGCCUCACCUCAAUCUGUCUAUAUAACCAAGACUGUGAAAACCCCUAACUGCGACAUUCCGGGCCGGUGCUCCGGCCAAUCUGUCCUUGACGACUGCGCCGCCGCGUCCGUCUUAAAAUCAAGCUUUAACAAAGCGGCUGUUUCAACUGCUACUUAUUAUCCUAAAACCGCCAACGGCGGAGCCAAAACUCGUCUUUCCACGGAGGAUUACCGCCGUCCCCUGACCGCUUGGAACCUCCCUCCAGGCGGCGGGCUGCGCGGUGGCGCACCUCAGCCAGGAGAAACCUCAGCCAUAUCUAACGGAACAUCAGGAUGGGGCCCACCCCCUUCAACUGGACACACCAGUAAUGUCGGGGGAUGGGGUAACGCCCCUCCCACCUCCUCUGGACCUGUGAGUGCCUGGGGUAGUACACCUGCCUCUGCUAACCCUGAAGAAGUAACGAAUGGUCAGAAAUUGCUCAACUCAGGUCUUAUCUCAACCUCUCCCGGUCAACCAGGAUCUAUCCCAGCUGGUCCAAAUACACACACCCAGAACACAAACUUGGGCCCCAAUCCUUUGACUCAGAAUAUGGGCCCGAGUACCAUGGGAAUGAACCAGAAUCUGGGACCAAGUCCAAUGGGUCAAAACAUUGGCUCUAAUCCAAUGGGCCAAAAUCUUGGACCAAACUCCAUGGGUCAGAAUCUGGGACCAAGUCCCCUAGGACCUGGAAUGGGUCCAAGUCCUGCCCCUGCUAGUAACACUAGCUGGGCAGCAGCUGCUGGUAAAGGACUUCCACCCUCAGAACCAUCACAAGCUCACGGCGCAACCAACAAGCAGCUCGAGCAGCUCAACUCAGUUCGUGAAGCUCUCUUUUCUCAGGACGGGUGGGGAGGACAGAACGUAAAGCAAGAUACUAGCUGGGAUGUUGGUGUAGGGGGACUACUGGAACCAGCUGCCCCCCCUGUACCCUUGAAAACGGACGCUAUGCAGUGGCAGCCUGCAAAUACAGGCAGGAAUGAUGGAACAGAUCUCUGGAAAUCUACUUUGUCGGGCGUUCCACAGCCUGCUAAGGUGGCUUCUGCCACGCCCUGGGGAAACCACACCCCCGCCCACCCUGCCGACUAUAAGACCUGGGGAGAACCUGACGAGGAUCCUAGUGGAGGUGGAGGGGGAGGAGGAGGAGGAUCUGAAGGACGUGGUUCAACCUGGGCCGAGGAUAAUUCAGUAUCAGCUCCUCCACCUUGGGACGCAGAUCAAGGUCCUGGCAAACCUAAAGAAGAGAACAAUGGAUGGAACAACUCUGGAAACCAAUGGAGUGGCGGCGGUAACGGCGGUCCACCCGCCGAUCCUCGCCGAGAUCCUAGCUGGGGUCCACCACCCGUUAAACCCGUGGGCGGAUCAUGGGGUGGUCAGCCACAAAGAGAGCAGUGGCACACUGAUAGUCCUACAAUCGGCCGACGUAUGGACGAUGGAGGAUGGAAGGAUAUGCCUAUACCCAACAUGGGAAACCGUGGAGUACCUCCUGGUCCUCCUUCCCGCCUACCCCCUGGUCCUAGUAUGAAACAGGGAGAUGUUAGUCCUUGGGGUCAACCCAACCCUGGUCGCAGCUGGGGAGAGGAUGGAAUGAACUCUGGAAUGAAUUCUGGAAUGAACUCUGGAAUGAACUCCGGGAUGAAUUCUAAUCCCUGGGACGCUGAUAAAGGUAGGGACAUGGGUUGGUCUGCCGGUGGGGAUACAUGGUCUGCCAGGAAACCUAUGCGUGGAUCUCCUAGCUGGGAGGAUUCUGGAAUGGUAUCUGAUGGAAGAUGGGGUCCAAGCCGGCCCCCAGUUAGUAAGGAGGCUGUGUGGAACAGUAAACAGUUCAGGUUACUCUGUGAUAUGGGAUUCAGAAAGGAAGACGUAGAAACUGCACUUAGGAAUACAAGCAUGCAGCUUGACGAUGCUCUGGAGAUGCUGAACCAGUCCCGCGGAGUCAGUAUGCCCAACCGUGGCAUGCCUCCUGGGGAUCUUGGUUUCCCAGGUCCCAGAGCAGAUCCUAGUUAUGAUAUGAGGUAUCCUGGCCAAGGGAUGCCUCCCUACCCUCCUGGAGAUAUACCUCCUACUAAUCCUAGUCUACAGAACAACCCUAGUCGGGGGGGAAUGAACCCUGCACUUGUACAACAAAUGUCUAUUGGAGGCGGGCCCGCUCCUCAUCCCGGCGCCCCGCCUAGACCUUCUCAGUCAGGCCCGCCCAGCACCAGUCAGCUGAGACUGCUUGUUCAGCAGAUUCAAAUGGCUGUACAGGCUGGUCAUCUCAACGCUCAGAUCCUGAAUCAACCCUUGGCUCCGCAGACGCUUCUGCUUCUUAACCAGCUUCUUCAGCAGAUCAAAGCACUGCAGAACUGUCAGCAUCAGCAUAAUAUGGCGCAGGCCGCUGGACCCCGUGGUACCGUAUCUCCCAACCAUGUUCUUCAAAUCAAUGUGCAAAUUACCAAGCACAAACAGCAGAUAACGAACCUUCAAAACCAGAUUACAGCGCAGCAAGCACAGUAUUUAAAGAACCAACAACCUCAACAUAUGGGUGGUGGUCUCCCUGGUCCUCCAGGCUCAGAAAACGAACUCAAUAUUAACCUUGGCAACAUGUCAAUUUCAGACCAACAUACUGGAUCCAAGCUCAAUAAAUGGAUUAAAAACGAUAACAAUGAUCCUGACUUUAGCCGUGCUCCUGGUAGCAGCAAGAGUAGCACAAGUCAACCCUCUCCAAACCUUCUCCUGGACAGUGGUAGUACCUGGUCCAACGGAAAUAAUGGUGCAGGCUCCGGCUGGCCUGACAGCAACAAUGACAAGAACAGCAACAACGCUGAGGAUCCGGAUAAUUUCGGAAUCCCAGAGUUUGUACCUGGCAAGGCAUGGAAAGGAUCUGGGAUCAAGGACCCUAGUGAGGAUCCUACACUUACUCCGGGUAGUGUAGCAACUACGCCUAUUAUUCUACAGCAAGGAGAGAAACCUUCUCUUUCCGCCAACUCUGCAACCACGGUUGAGAAUAGUCUUGGACUCACCUCCACAACCUGGAGCUUUGGAUCCAAGGAUCCUACUGCUUCCAAGAUGGAUGGAGGUUGGGGAACUCUACCACCUUCCAGCUCAUCAACCAACCUCACUGCAAUGGGACAGGAUCUCUGGGGACUCUCCAGGACUGGAGGAGCUCCUAAACCUGCCAGCUCAGGUUGGCCUGGAGUCUCUUCAGGAGCUUCUAACGGUUGGAGUAACGGGACGAAUAUGCCUCCUAGCUCUGGAUCUGCAUGGUUACUGCUGAAGAAUCUAACUGCUCAGAUUGAUGGAAGCACUCUGCGCACACUCUGUAUGCAGCACGGUCCUCUUAACAACUUCCAUCUUUAUCUUCCUCACGGGAUUGCCCUGGCUAAAUACAGCAAUGGAAGCGAGGCCAAAAAGGCUCAGAACGCUUUAAACAAUUGUGUGCUGGGUAACACUACCAUCCUGGCUCAAGUGUCAGAUGAACACGAGGUGGAGAAUAUUGUUCGUACUCUUUCCCAGGCUGGAAACCAGACUAGGAGUUCUCAACCAUCUACUCCCUACUCUUCAUACUCCGCUCUACCUAAAUCUAGCUCUAUCGACUCAUGGAGCGGAGGUCUUGGCGGCGGCUCCAACCUUUGGUCUUCCUCUGGGCUCGGAGGUAGCGUGUGGGGUGCUCCGGAUGACCAGCACAACCGGACCACACCUCUCACCUCCUACCUGCCCCCUGAUCUUCUCAGCGAACCAAUGUAAAGGAUCAAGGUAGCAGAAACAGUAAGGAUAAUCUGACAAAGGAGUUUGUGUGACCUCCUCUUUAUUAUCUGAUGAUAUACGUCUCGCAUUAUCAAAAGCCAUAUUAUACUCAAAAGACGAACUACGAGAUAGGAGCCUUUUCAUUUUCUAGCAAUGUAAGGGGUCAACUAAUUAUCAUUAAUUCAAGUAUUCUACCCAGCCUUCAAUAAGAACAAAAAUAUGUUAUAUGUUGGUAGCUAUAAGCACAAUAUGCCAAAUUGGUAUUGAGGGGGUUAGUCCCCAAACUCUACUCCCUCUACCCCCUUCACGCUGAUAACUCGGUAAACUUGUCCUUAUUUUCUCUCUUCAAUCAAUCAAUCACUAUCCAAACAAGUUCAAUGAUCUUCAGGAUAAUAAGUCCAAGUUAUCAUGCUUGUGGUAAAUAUGCUGUGAAAUCAUGUGACGCUAUCAAAAUUGUAUUUUAGCGCGACCUGCUGUAUCCUCGAUAUAUAUCUAAAAAAAUUCCUUUCAAAAAUGGUGCAAAAAAGGACCUAUCAGCUUCGUCGACAUUUUGUCGCGGGGCCCCUUUUAUGGAUGAUCAUUUUCAGUCAUUUAUUUUCCAUUUAAUUCCUGUAUACGAUGUAAGUAAUUCUAGUUCUCUUGAUAAUGAUUUUUGCUUUUUUCAAUGAUAUAUAUCCUGUGUAAUAUGUUUAUAAACUCAUUUUGACAGAACCAAAUUCUAUUCUAAAUAUUUUUAAUUAGAGGGGGGUGCUCCCAGCCACCUCUUGAUUUAACGUGCUGUGUAUCUUUAUUCAGUAGAGUCAAUAUUUAGCAUUAUGUUUAGUCAAACUCCCAUUAGACCUAGGACUCCUCUUCCUUUAUAGAGGGGAGUCAUAAACUGUAAUAGUGUUUGGACUGUCCAGACGUCAAUUUAUUACUUGGCAUAUAGAAAUGAUAUGUGUGAUAUUUAGACUGGUUUAAUAUAUUCCAUCUUUUCUAUGGGAAAUAUUUAUCAUUGUAUACGCGCCUCUUCUUAAAUUAUACAAUACUUAGUGAAAGAUUGAACCUAUGGGUUUAUAUCUAAAAGAUUAAAAAUCUCAAGUACAGCCAAAUUAAAACCAAACUGUGAAUUAAUUAAGUCAGGAUACAGGGCUUCAUCAUUUAAAACUUCAAAUAUUUCUCUUGACAAUUUUAUUAAAAAUAUAAAUGUGAGAUUUCUAAUUUUAAACGUAAAACUUGAUAUUUUAAAUAUUGUACCAAUAUUGAGGCGAAAGUUGCGCUUUCAGACUUGUAAUGCUAUUCCUGCAUUCUCGAAUACUUGUAUUCGGUUUGCCGCAAAACUUUCGAGCACAAUGGAACCCUAAUGGCAUUGGAAUCACUGUAAUUGCCAGUAUUUGAUGGAACGGGAGCCAUAGCAAUGGCAAAAGAGCAAUAUUAAAUUCCCUAAUCCAGUGCACAAAAUAAUGGACAGAACGGCAUAUCAUGGUUUUUAUAAAUGUCAAAAUAAGUGGAAAAUGUGAUUGUUAAAAACUUAGUUAACUCAAUAUUCAGCUGUGACUGUUGUGUCAGGAGAGACUCAAAAUUGAUCGAUUGAUUUAUUAAAAUUGAUUGAUCAAUAAUCAAACCAUGAAAAUAGCCCCGGCUAUAGCUAGCUAACAGGCCCAAUCACUUACAAUGAGAGAUCUCACAAACCCCCCUUGGCUUGUGUUAGCUAGAUGAGAUUAAAAAAUUUUGGUUGUGUUUUCGCCAUAACUUUAAACCUACGUAAUGCAAAUUUGGAAUAUAUAUUAUAUUUGAAAAAAAUGAAUUCAAAAGCUAACAAAAAAAAAGCGCUCUACUAAUAUGUGAUAAAAAAUAUGUCCCGACCUUAUUGUGUCGAAAUAUGUGUUCACAUUGCAAUUUAUUUAAACAACUUAUACAGGUGAUAACGCAGCCAAAAACCAAUUACUAUAAACCCGCUGCUUUUUAACAUCAGAUCAAGGGUUUUCUUCAAUGUAAUAACAUAUCAGAUGACAUGGCUCUGAUUUUAAUCAAAAUUUCGAUCUUAACUCUUCACCGGCCAUUGUCGGGACGAGUUUUCUUAGUUCUUUUGAACACGUUCAAGUAAUAUGCCACAUCAAUUGUUAUAGAACUUUUUCAUGCAAUUUUUUAAUUUCCCUUAAACGUGCCAUAUACCUAUCAGCUUUAAAUGUGGCAUGUUAUUGAAUAUUUGCAAUUAUGCUUCGUGCUCCGGAGACUGAUUCUAAUAUGUUAUUUAAUUUCUAUUUUUUUCAAAUUCUGUAAUUUGUCUUCUGUGUAUUCAAAACUAGUAUAUAGCGGGCAGACCCUAUCGUGAAUUGUUCGAGCGGAUCUGCCCACUGUUUGGCUGGUUCAAUAGCAAUCUAGGCUGGGUAGUCAGCUGCUCCAAGCUGCGGCAGCAUAAAGCUGGUUUGAUCAGCUGUGCAGCUGCCACAGCUGCUGCCGAGGCAGGAGGGAGCAGCUGACUUGCCUGGCUUGGGGGCCGUGAAAGGUAGAAUGUUGAGAUUUCUAUUGAGCGAAAGGGGAUUUAAAAAUAAUUAUUGUAAUGCAUAAUAAUAUAUAAAUAAUCUGUAAUAAUCUCUGUAUUUGUUUAAACAUUACUUCCAACAAUUUCAACCCAAAACUUUAUUGAAAAAAUGAUUUUGCGGUCUGAUUUUUCUAGUCACUUGUUUUUUUUAACAUGCAUCUCCGAGUAUUUAAGCGAUAAAAAAUUUGAAUUUAAUCAAAAGAGCACCCUUGUCACCAUUUGGAACUUUCAAACUGGAAUUUGCAAUCCAACACCAAAGACAAUUUUGAUAUUUGGCCUAAAAUCUAUUCUACGAAACCGUCGAUAUUUUUCAAAAUUUUUGUGUGCCAAACCUGUUACCUUAAACUACGGCUGAGAUAAAUGUUCAAAUUGCCAAUAUUUUGAUUAAUAGUAAUGAUUGCCUUCUCACUACGGUAUGAGCUUAUAUUGUGGCGUGAUAGUAUGCUUUUGGAUUAAUUCUUCCUUUUAAGUAUUAACGACUUCUUUAUUAACUUGCUCACUCCACUUCAUUUCCUCAUUUUUACUGAAUUUGAUUAUAUUUUUCUAUCUCCCAAUAGGACUGUAUAGGUAUAUUUAGACAUAGAAAUAUUUAAAUCUGUGAUUUUUAACAAUUUAUAAAGAAAAUUGCAUUUCUGGGUGUGUCAGUACCAUGGUCAAUGCAAUGUUUAAAAAACAAUUUUCUCAUUUUUACAAAAUUUACUAAAUUUGGUUAAAUAACUUUAAGGGAAAUUUUAGAAGAAAUGGAAAAUUUAUUAAACUUUUGAUGUGUGCAUAGCUUUCUUCCUUGAAGGGAGUAUCAUUAGAUCUUGAAAAAUUGAUUGUAAUGAAUUUUAAACGCCAAUAUUAUGUAAGCAUCUAGUUAUAGAAUUUAAAUUUUAAGUCGUUAAACAUUUAACAUUUUUGUCAAAUUUCAAAUUAAAUUCUCGCCGUUUCUUUCCAAAAAAUAGAAUUUUAAAUGUUAAAUGUAAAAGAUAUUUAACGAAUUGUACAGUUUAUGGUUUAAGGAUAUGUGUAACCCCCGCGAAAAUGGCCCAAUCCGGCCCCAAUUCAAUCUUGCAACAAUUAAAGGAUCAACUGUACUCAGAAGCCGGAUCGGGUCAUAACAGCCUAUAUUGCACUUAGGCUUCUCACUUCACCGAUAUAUUUUAUCCAUCUAUUUAUUUAAUUAUGUUGGGAUUAGUAAUUAUAUAUAUAUUUACAACAUGCUUGGUUUUCCUAUUCCAGAAAAUGAACCAAAUUUGCAUGGAAACUUAAUAUCGGUAAAUGUCCCUCAGAUGGCCAUGAUGCCACUGACAACUAAAUUUAUCGGGUCUUCUUCUGGUUUCCAUGACUUGAAGCAUAAAAGUCAUCGAUUUUAUCAUUGCGAUAUGCUGCAAACUCAAAGAGGCAAUAAAUGCAAAAUAUAUUACAAUUUUAGAAAUGAAAAAAAUAUCUUUUAAAAGACAAAGCUAUUUUGAUUAUCCUCUUUUUUGUUAUAUCCUUAAUGCUGCGAGCAAACAUUUCAAAAGUCAUUUCAAAACAGCUUAAGUACUUUGAAAAGCUUAUCCUCCGCAUUAAUGAUUAGUUACCUGAAUCGUCUUCCUCAAUAAGGCGCCAAAAAUUGUCAAGAUUUGUCCUUCCGAUGACUGCCCUCCUUAAUUGGGGCAAUAUUUGUCAGCUCAUACUAGAUCAUAAAUUAAAAACCAUUGCCAAACUAAGUUUGCCUUUUAAUCUGCAAGUACUUGUAUACAUUUCCCCUGAUUUAUUUUAGAAAAUGCGCAACCGUUUCAGAGCCACCAACAUAGCGGUCUAGGGUAAUGUUGCGCAUUUUCAAAUUGUUAAGUGAUAUUAUCCUCGUCGUUUAAACACAAACAACCAAACUAAGAAUUCCUCGGAUGUCCGGCAGCGUGUGAAUGAUCUCGCUACACUUCGCCUCAAACUCUGUGAUAUUCGCCAACCAUUUGGCUAACUGGUGAAACGGGGUAGCACCGCCAGGGAGGGCCGUAUCUCAAAUUUGUGAUUUUUAAAUAUUUGCAUUUUUACCAUCUUCCGCCUGACAAAUAAGCUUGUUAACUCUCCCUGGUGCGUUGUUGCCCUGUACAUUUCUCUGUUGUCUAGCUAAGGUCUGAUCUCCGUCCCCGGCCGAGGUCUUCAAGGAAGACACCAUGUUGGAUCUCAGUUUGUGUUUGAACGGAUUCCAACUCUCUGAUAAUCUGAGCUCAAAUUCAUUGUUUUCACUCUCAGUUUGGGCAUGUUUCUCUUACACCUGUAAUAUGCACCUGUACAAAUGUAUCCUGAAGUUUUGUCAUGGGUUGGAUUGUUUACCAUUGGUUUCUCUCAAUCCAUGCCUUCCAACCCGGUCUCAAUACUUCAGGUCCAGGAUGGAUCUUACAGUUCUGGGUAUUAAUACAUAAGUAUAUAUAUCAUAUAUACAAUACAACCAUUUUG